AGCAGCCACAGCCAUCCAUGGAGGCGCUCUACUUGCUGGCCUCCCUGGCCGCGACCCUCGUCACAUCCGCCUUCCACUCGCUCCUGCUGCUCCUCCGCCUCCUCCUCCGCUACCCGCGCCGCGCUGCCCCUACCGAUGAUGGGCCCGCCGCGGCGGCGCGGCUCUACGAGGGCCGGGUCCGGCACGCGCGACGGCGCCCGGCGGCGCACACCUUCGAGUACCCCGCGCGCUACGCCCUCGUCGACCUCGACCGACUGCCGCUCCCCGGCCACCUCUCCGCCGACGAUGCCCGCCGCGUCGCCUCCACCUCCGGCCCCGUGCACCUCUUGACGGUACCCGAGAGCGUGGGGUACGAGCAGAACCCGCUGAGCAUUUACUACUGCUACGAUUCUGCAGGACAGGGGCAAGAUGGAGAGCUCAGAACGUGCAUUGCCGAGGUCACAAACACCCCCUGGGCAGAGAGAGUGAUGUUUACCUUCCAACCGGGCUCUGAUCUCAUCGCGAAGCCCUUGCAUGUCAGCCCCUUUAUGGACAUGCUCAGCAACUGGAGUAUUCGCGCUGAUGCUCCUGGUGAUAGACUUUAUGUUGUUAUAUCAGUUCAGCAUCCGACACUUGGGGACUACUUCACUGCAGUUUUGGAUGCCAAAUUGGUUGGACAGACAAGUAAUUCUCUGAGGCUGGCAACCUUCUUCUGGCUGAUGCCGCACAAAGUUGCUGCAUGGAUAUACUGGGAGGCCCUCAAACUUUGGCUGAAGAACGUCAAGUUCCUGGACCAUCCCAGGUAUCUGAACCCGAGGUACAGGGACGAAGCGCUGGAGCGCGACCUUGAGCUCCGCACCUCUUGCUGCCACCUUCAGCGGCAGGAGCGGAACGACCGGAGAAGCAGAACUGCAGAAAAGACAGCUGAAAUCACGGACCACGUAGAUGGCAAGGGCGACGCGGACAUCGCGAAGAGGUGGUGCGUUUGGAGGGACGCUGGGUGGCCGUGGUCAUGAAAAAAAACUCAGACAUGCCGUUUUGUGUUCGUUCAGACUUCAGAUUCAGCCGCUGGUGCUCCCGUUUCGACCAAAUAUCGUAGUUUUAUUUGGUUGGUGCCUUCGCAGCCGCCACUACGAGUUGACAGUAUCGAUAAUGGGUAACGUUGUUCGCUGUUAAAGAAGAAGAGAUUACUAGGGACAUGCUUUUCUCUCUUUCUCAAAAGAUGCAUUUUCUUCUUCGUAGUAUCCAGUUUUUGACCAAUUAUUCGGCUUCAAUGUAUAACAUUUGGAAUGUGCAAGAGGUGCGCGUCAGCGCGUGUAUGCUGCCAUCUUCAAUGCACAUGCGUGCCUGAUUGCUGCAAGAUAUAUUACAUUAAUAUAACAUUACAUCAUAUGUCGUUAUAUUAUAUUGUUUAUGUU